GUAAAAUAUGGCAUGGGUGAUAGUAUACCUACAGCCAACAGUGCAAUGUAUAACGGGAUCUUCUUUGCGUACCCCUCGAUAGCUAUCUCUGGGUAUAUACUUCUGAAAACAUUUGUCAGAUCCAUACCCCCCUUCAUGAGAGUUUGGUACUCGCGAUGGAACGCACGCAGUGCUCCAAAGACGAAGUUGAUCCCAGGGAAAAACAUCCCAAGGUGUAUGAUAGUACCCUUUGCGUGGUGGUAAAUAUCUCCUAUAAUUUUUACCUGACUUUCCUUUUCCGAAAUGUUGCUCUGAUUGAUGCAGAUCGCAUCUACCCACAACACUCUUGGACGAUCC